GAGAAUUCAAGGUGGAUUGUUUAAACAGGUAUUAAACAUCCAUAUUACCUUGAUAUCGUUAGCUGUACACUGGUAAAAUAUUCACGAAAUUUUCACACUGUAGUAGUAGGUGCGUACGUAACGUAAUUAUAGGUUUCAAAAUUAUUGAGUGGUGUUGUAAUUACCAAACAACCCAUACUGGUUCUGUCGAAACCCCAAUAUUUUUGACGUAGUACCUUGCUCUGGUUACAGUCUUUAUUGAACAUUUCGCAGUUCUGGCCAGGGUCAUUUUACCCAGAAUUGACAGAUUGUUUCUUCAAUUAUCUAGUCUGAGUAAACGCACGAGUCACUUUUUCAACAGUAUAUUUUUCUUUUUUUCAUCGACAAUAAAAAAGGUACGGUAUGUUAAAUCUGUGAAUGAUUUUUAACUGAAGUAAUUUGGAAAGCAAGUAAGGCGCAUUUCAACAGUUUCGGUUUGUGUCGAACCUAUUAGAAUAAAACGUAUUUGAUAUUUUUUAAAUUCAUAGUAUUAUUUUAUUUUUAAGCUGAACAAUGUCAGCAUUUCGUGCAACUCGAGUCAUGCCCGGGUUCGGAAUGAAUGGUUUGAUCGACCUGAGUGGAAGCCGCCAAGGUAUGGCGUUCAUGAAUAGUUUGGGUCAUGCGGAGAAGAAUCUUGCUCCUUCGUCGCGAAUAGUCGUUGAUGCUUUUAAAAAGAAAAGCACUGAACUACAAGAUAUUGUUUAUGAAAACAUGAAGGCAGUUGUAAUGGUGGUUCGCAUAAUGGGAGCUCUUCCCAUCAUGAGACCAUAUAUAGGUGUCACUAAAUUCAAAUUUGCCUCAAACACAAUGAUAUACUCUGUACUGGUGUACGUGGCCAUGACGGCUUACGUUCUGUACGUGAUAUGGAAUCGAAUAAAAAUUGUGCAGGCAGUACAGGGUCGUUUUGAAGAAGCUGUUAUAGCAUAUCUUUUCAUCGUCUUUCUUGUACCUAAUUUUCUUGUGCCAGUCUUCUGGUAUGAAACACGAAAGAAUGCGGGCUGUUUCAACCAUUGGAUGGAUUUUGAGAUCUUCUACACUCGAGUAACGACACGGUAUUUGCCGAUUAACUUGAGACUCAGGGCAAUAUGGAUAUCCAUUUUAGUUCCUGUAAUAUCAACUGCAUGUGUCUUCACCACCCAAAUGACUAUGGAUAAUUUUGUUUUGUGGCAGAUGGUUCCCUAUAUCUAUGUAACGACAUUCAUAAAUAUGCUGGGUGCUUACUGGUACAUGCAUUGCACUACCAUCUCAACAUGUGCAAACAUACUCGCUCAAGAUUUUAAACAUGCGAUUAGAAGCAAUGUUGAAGCGAUUACGGUUGCCGACUAUCGAGCACUGUGGCUUCAUCUGAACAGAAUAACGAGAGAAAUAGGGAUAGCGACUUGUUACUGUUUCACAGUUCUAUGUAUGUAUCUUUUUUUCUCCUCCACCUUAUCCAUAUAUGGCUUAUUCUCCCAGUUAAAAGAUGGGAUCACGAUCAAAGACCUUGGACUUACAAUGUCUGCUGUCUCCACUAUCGCCCUGUUGCAUGUGAUUUGCGACCAAGCACACUCUGCUUCACAGCACGUGAGGGUUCAUUUUCAAAAGAAAUUAUUGCUAGUCGAACUCUCCAAUCUUAACGAAGACGCUCAGAUUGAGAUAAAUAUGUUUCUACGAGCAACAGAGAUGAAUCCGUCGGAUAUUAGUCUGGGUGGUUUCUUUGAUGUAAAUCGUAAUUUAUUCAAAUCGCUCUUAGGUACUAUGGUGACCUAUCUUGUCGUCUUGCUACAGUUCCAAAUUAGCCUACCAGAGACCGCCGGAGUCUAUAAUGCGACGCUGGAUUAGUAAAACAGUGAGAAUUUCUAGUGUCAAUAGGCAUUAG